AUGGCCCACGGCCGCGCUGGUUCCAGCACCGGCGCGCUGGCGCGGGCGCGGGCGGAGUUGGAGCGUGGGGUGGAGGAGGGCCUCCACUACGGCGCACAGCUGGCGGUCAUCCAUCGUGGGGUCUCCAUGGAACUGUGCGUCGGGGAGGCGGCGCCGGGCCGGCCCAUGCGGAAGGACGACGUGCUGUGCUGGAGCAGCUCAGUGAAACCCCUGGUGGCGAUCCUCUUGGCGAAGCUGCAGGAGCGAGGCGCUUUGAGCUUCGACGAUGCCGUGGAGCGUUUCCUCCCGGGAUUUGGAACCAAGGGCAAGUCCCAGGUGACUCUACGUCAUUGUCUGACCCAUACCGCUGGACUUUGGGCUUCGACUCUCAAGAUGCCGGAGAAGAAGAGCCCCGAGGAGGUGUUACAGCACAUUUGCCAGCAGCCGCUGGCAGAAGGUUGGGAGCCUGGACGCCGCUGUGGCUAUGACAGCCCUGCCUGGUAUGUGCUUGCCGGCGUCGCAGAAGCCGCCGCGGGUGCAGCGCCAGCCGUGGCUGGUGCAGCCGCCGACGCCGAAGGCGACGCGGAAGGCGACGCGGAAGGCGACGCGGAGGCGUCGCGCUUCGCAGAGUUGGUGAAGAAGGAGAUCUUUGAGCCUUUGGGCUUGCGAAGCUCUUCCAUAGGCAUGCGCUCGGAACGCCGAGCCGAGCUGGAGAAAGCAGGCCGCUUGGUCCAACACUGCGACUAA